AUGACUUUACACUUACACGGUUUAAGACUUUUACUUUUAGCUGCUGUUGGAUUAGGAACUCUCUAUGUCAUCCAUUUAUUGGCACAGGACUAUCAGAAAAUCAGGAAACCCAUACAAGCAGCAAAAGCUCUUUUAAAUUUACGAAAACGAGAUCUCACAUCGCAAAAAAUCACAAAAAUUGAAGAAGAUCCGACCAUCGAUUGGGUUAAAAUCAUGAAAUAUGAUCCUCUUGGAUGUGCUUUGUCCUUAAUUUGUCAACUUUCGGCAUCAGAUGAGCUGAAAAAGGAUACCGAAGGAAAUGUUUUAUAUAAUUUUGUGAGGUAAGAAAUUCAAAAUUGAUAAAAAAAUAAAAACAUGCCAAUGAGACUAAAAAGAGCUUACCGCUUAGGCGAGAAAUACAAUGAAAAUCAUCCGAAUGACUAUAAAAGAUGCUACACAGAAUAUCCAUUGUGUCCUUAUAGUGCGAAAACGAUGCUAAACAUCUUAACUUACUACACAUAUUACUUUGGAUAA